CCCGCUUGUCGCGUCCCCUCCCCACAUCCGCACGCUGCGUGGCUGCUCGUUGGCUACUUUGGACGGAAGCUCGGUUGGUGUUUCUCCAGAAGUUUCCCCCUUGGGCGGCGGCGUAGCUGAUAACUGCAGUAGUAGCACCUCCGGCAGCAACAGCAGUCACUAUUGGGGAUGGCGGCGGCGGCUGCAGCAGCAGGACCUGCCAUAUCCCGGAGGUUUCCCCAGAGCUUCUCAGAUGCUCUGAUCGACGAGGACCCCCAAGCGGCGUUAGAGGAGCUGACUAAGGCUUUGGAACAGAAACCAGAUGAUGCACAAUAUUAUUGUCAAAGAGCUUAUUGUCACAUUCUUCUCGGGAAUUACUGUGAUGCUGUUGCUGAUACAAAGAAGUCUCUUGAACUCAAUCCAAAUAAUUCUACUGCUGUGCUGAGAAAAGGGAUAUGUGAAUACCAUGAAAAAAACUAUGCUGGUGCUCUGGAAACUUUUACAGAAGGACAAAAAUUAGAUAGUGCAGAUGCUGAUUUCAUUGUCUGGAUUAAAAGGUGUCAGGAAGCUCAGAAUGGAUCGGAAUCUGAGGGGUCUGCAUCCCAACGGACUCAUCAGUCAAAAAUCAAGUAUGACUGGUAUCAAACGGAAUCUCAAGUAAUCAUUACACUUAUGAUCAAGAAUGUUCAGAAGAAUGAUGUAAAUGUGGAAUUUUCAGAAAAAGAGUUGUCUGCUUUGGUGAAACUUCCGUCUGGAGAGGAUUACAGCUUGAAACUGAGACUUCUUCAUUGUAUAAUACCAGAACAGAGCACAUUUAAAGUACUUUCAACAAAAAUUGAAAUUAAAAUGAAAAAGCCUGAGGCUGUCAGAUGGGAAAAGCUAGAGGGGCAAGGAGAUGUGCCUAAACCAAAACAGUUCAUAUCAGAUGUAAAGAACCUAUAUCCGUCGUCAUCUCAUUAUACUAGAAAUUGGGAUAAAUUGGUUGGUGAGAUCAAAGAAGAAGAAAAGAAUGAGAAGUUGGAGGGAGAUGCAGCUUUAAACAAACUAUUUCAGCAGAUUUAUUCAGAUGGUUCUGAUGAAGUGAAACGUGCCAUGAACAAGUCAUUUAUGGAGUCUGGUGGUACAGUUUUGAGUACCAACUGGUCUGAUGUAGGUAAAAGAAAAGUUGAAAUCAAUCCUCCUGAUGACAUGGAAUGGAAAAAGUACUAAAUAAAUUAAUUUGUUAUCACUGUAA